AUGGGCAAGAAAAUGAUGAAGCUGCACUCCCUCUUCAAGAUCAAGGAAACACCGACAACAACAACAACAACAAUGUUGGCAACGCUUCCAUGGCAAUGGCCUUCUUGCAAGCACCCCAAAACCCUCUCCUUCCGAGCAGGGGACAACAUGUUCAAAACCGUAAACUCCGUCUUCUUCGACCACGGAGGAGUCGAAACUCCGGAGUCUUGGUUUACCAACUCAUCAUCGGAGUCAACAAGUUUCACGACAGAGUCCGAGGACUACUUUGACGGAGAGUCCUUGGAAAUGGUGGUCCGGGGAGCAAGAUCCGAGAGGCUGUUUUUCGAGCCCGAGGACACCAACUCCAUCCUCGAAAAGGCGAAAGCCGGGGAGAUCAACCCGUUUAAGGAGAGCGUGGUGCUGGCCAUGGAGUCGGAGGAUCCUUACAAGGACUUUCGGAGAUCAAUGGAGGAGAUGGUGGAGUCUCAUGGGCUAAAAGACUGGGAGUCCCUGGAGGAGCUUUUGGGAUGGUAUUUGAGGGUGAACAAGAAGAAGAAUCAUGGGUUUAUAGUUGGAGCAUUCUUGGAUCUUCUUGUUGCUCUGGCAGCUGCUGAUUCUAAUAAUGCUAAUAAUUCUAGGUCUUGUACAGUUCAUAAUUAUUCUACUUCUUUCUCUUCUGCUGUUUCUUCUUUUUCUUCUCCAUUGUCAUGUUCUUUUCAAGGUCAGAAUGAGAUUGGAGAGGAAGAGGAGAUUACAAUGUUUUAA